AUGGCUGAUAUUGCUUCGCAAAAAGGGAGCAGACGAGGGUAUGGUAGUUGUGAAGUUUGUAACAAAGAGUACCUAAAUAGACGAAAGCCCAAAAACUGCGAUUGUGGGUUUGAGUUAGGGGGCUCAUUCGAGGCACGAGACACCGUACCCAAAAACAGAAGCAUCAAAAGUGUUUUGGUGUACGAGAGAACGUGUGGAACACUUAUGUCUGUCCAGGUGACACCAAAUGACGACCGCGAAUUCGCAUUCGUUGCUGAUGGCAAAAAAAUAUGUUAUGCAAAGAAAUGUCUAAGCUUGCGAGGCAGUUUUGCUGCUGGGAACAUAAAAGAUUUUUCGUGUCAUCAUUUAAAACUUACGCCACAGCUUCCCGUGUAUGCCACAAAAUUCGUCCAAGAAGAAAUCAAUAGUUUUACACCUGAUACCAGCAUGCAGGAAAAGAUGAAAUAUUUACAACAGGAAGACUAUCCCACUGUCGUAAAAACAUCGCCCAAAACGUAUGCGGUAAUAGCUGAAACUUCUUCUGGGAAUCCGAUGGGUUACACUCAUGUCUCGGUCUGCAGGAAAGGGGAGACAUUGAAAUUAAAUUCCAUAAAAGAUUAUUUGGAAAAUCAGAUAAAUCAGACAGUUUAUGUAAAAACAGUUAAUAGAAACCAUUGCCUUUUUUAUAUACAGGUAACUGCACGAAAAAUUUGCAUUCAUUUGCAUUUCGUCACCUUGGCAAGAAAAUUAAAGGAAGCUGUAGCUAGAGAAGAAAAUUUCCUUGUCACUGGGAUUACAGAUUUUAAUGACCUGCCAUUAAAGCAAAGAAAAACACUAGAACUUCAAAUUAAGAGGAGCAUUCCCUAUAAAAUAUCGCCGGACGUUGUUGCUAGAGCAGACCGUGUUGGUGCGUUAGACCCGGAGCGACGACCUUUUUUCGAGCCCAAAGAGACUACCUGUGAACUUUGUGGUGGUGAUCUAGGAGGCUCUCUAUAUCCUCAAGGGUGUGAUGCCACAAAUGGGAAUGGAGUCUUGCUGACGAAUACCCACCCAUUUCUGCCCAUAGAUGUAAAAGUGAAGAAAUGCUCCAAUUCGCAAUGUGGUGCCGUAAACAGUAUUUUCCCUUUAGAUAUAGGUCUUUUCAACGCAUGCAACAAGGUUCUGGUGGGCAUUGACAUUAUGCUGGAAUGGCGCGAGUUUUUCAAAGAUGGGGUCCCUCUGACAAACGUCAUUAAUCGGAAAUUGCUGGCAUUAAAACGUAAAACUGCAGAGAUCUUACAUCCAUGUCAUGCGAAAAUGGAAUAUUUGGCAGAUGUUCUCUACAAUGCUUUUUAUGCGUUUGAGGCAAUGACAGAGAGAAACCUCAAUGACGGUAUCUGCGGAAAAUGUGGAAUUGUUGGGAGAGUUUAUUUCGGUGACGGCAACGAAAAAAAUUGCUGUUCUUUGCGAGAGGUGGUAAUGCUUGACCGAAGUGAAGAAAAAAGUGAAGGCGGAUCAGAGACACCUGCUAACAAAGACAUGCUUUUGGAAAACUGUUUAGAGAAAGUUCGUCUUUUCAUGAUUGAGAAAAACACGUUUGCAAAGACAAACCUUAAAUUUUCAAUUCGAAUGGAGGACAUACCUCCAAUAUUGCCUUCGAAACAGCGUCAGGCUGAAAUAAAUACAGAAAAGGAUAAACGAAGCGUUUACCUUAAAAGCAAUGCGACAAAAGUCGAAGGUGAUGCGAUUAUCUUGGCGGACAAAAUGAAAAGCAUGGCUAUCGGCGAAAUCUCAGACCUAGACACUGAGUCACUUAUUGGCAUCGCAUCAUCCUGCAAAAUUAGAACCCAAGGAAAGUCGAAGGACAUGUUGAGGAUCCAGCUACAAGAAUUAUAUGCAACAAUUCUUGUUGGCAGCUCAAGUUGCCACGGCUUUACUAAAUCCCCAGGCCACACUGGUGGUUUUUAUCACAUAGUCUGUCCCCAUGGGACAACUGUUUGCUCAAAAUUUAUGAUCCUGACGGAAUCUGUCAGGGAUGCUGCAGAUCUAUGGCUGUCACUCCGAUAUCCACCAGUUUUGUUCAUUUGUGACACACCCUGUACGUUUGUGCGUCAUAUGAAUCUCAGGGAUCCUGAUAUGGCCAGAAUAACGUGGGGAGAAAAUGAUGGCUGUUUUGAAAAGCCGAAACUAGAAGCAAUUCCAACAUCGGGCCUGAAUGUACCAUGUAUUGUGCCGGACGAGUUUCGGAGCAGUGAACUGGAUGCAAUGUCACACAACAUUCAUGAAGAUAAACGUGUACACCCUCUAACUGGAGAAAGCCGUAGGUUUGUUUGUGGUGAUAGGUUUCAUUCCAAAUCAAACCCUCACAAGUCCCCCCUUUGUGCCUAUCAUAACAUUGAUCUGUGCCUCCAAGCAUUCACCAUCAAAACAAGCUACCAGGAAUCACAAAAUAAGAAGAAAAACACAAAAAGGAAUAGAUCUUCCUGCAUGCAAAGUAUCUCGACGCACAUCUUCUAUAACUAUUUGAUGGACUUUUAUGAAAAUGAAGAAAUCGUUCUCAAGCAACAAAGGGAGCUGAAGGAAGCAACAGGACAGAAUGUUAUCAGGGAUGAGUAUAUGCGAUUCAAAGUAGAUGACAGUGUAUAAAUGGCAUGGCUUCGUUUUGUAAGAACCAGUAUGUUGAAAUUCGGGCUAGUUAUUUAAUUUUCCAAAAAUAUUAUGCUAGAUUUUUCUAAAUCUUUUCUUAAAUUCUAAGCUUGUAACCAGUGAAUUUGACAGCUAUUGUGCUCAUGGGGAGUUUUCAGGCCCCAUUUGCGAGCAAAGUAAAUUGGCCAUCUUUUAUUGGUCGAAAAGUUUGAAAAUUCACUGACGCCUUGUUAUUUAGAAAAUUAGCCGUAUCGGCUUGGAAAUACUUUUUUAAAAAAAUAAAUGGAAAAAGUGAAUUGC